ACGGCCUUAUGAUUAUGACCAAAAUUUUUUAACGUGCAAUGGCCUUUAUAUUCGUACAUUAUGAUUGUGCUCAUGUGACUGAUUUCACUCAUUUCGUUCUCAAGGGCAGAUGUUGCCGAAACUGUUUCUAACCUCUUUGUAUACAAGAGAGGAAUUCAGAUUCUGAGUGAUAUGGGUCGUAAAGCAAAAUUUGAUGGAACUCAAGUUUCCAUCGGACAUGGGAAAAAAGCAAAAAAACAAAGUGAUCCAACUUUUCCAAAGGGAGUUUUAGACAAAGAAAUAAAUAAGUUAAGUCAUCGACAGAAACAAAGGGCACAGAAAAGAUUACAAAAAAAUCAGCAGCUACAAAAAAAUACAAAAAUAUUACUCAAGAAAGAAGCCAAUUUCAAAGAACAGGAGAAAGAUAUAUCAAAAAAGCUUAAAAAAAAGAAAGAAAAGAAAUUAAAAUCAGCUAUUGAUAACAAUUAUUACAAUGAAGAUAAUGAAGCGGAAGCUGAUGAUAAUAGUGAACAUGAUCAAAUGGAGCAAGAUGAAGAGGAUAUGAAUGAUGAUAAUAAUCAAUCAGUUAUUACAAUCAAAUUAAAAAACGCAAAACAGAAGUUUGUGAAUAAUGUAGAAAGUGACAGUGAUGAAAUGACAUUUAGCGACGAGGAAGGAUUUAAUGAUGAUGAGCAAAUAAAGCACAAUGAAGAGACAGAUGAUAAAAGUGACGAUGAUGAUCCACUUCCAAUAGAAAAAGCUAAUAGAAAAUUAAAAGCAAAGAAACAAGAAGAAGAAAAGCUUGCACAAGAAGAAAUGGACAAUAUUAUUGCUCAUCAAAGUGUCUUUUCUUUUCCAACUAAAGAAGAACUUGCUAGUGUCACUAACUUAAAAGAUAUUCUGCAACGAAUACGAGACAUUAUUAUGGUAUUAUCAGACUUUAAGAGAUUACGGGUGGAAAAUAAGUCGCGUUCUGAAUAUACUGAAUUACUUCGACGAGAUUUAUGUACAUAUUACAGUUAUAACGAUUUCUUGAUGGAAAAAUUUAUGCAAAUGUUUCCACUGGAUGAAUUAUUAGAAUUUCUAGAAGCUAGUGAAGUAGAAAGACCUAUGACCAUCCGCACAAAUACUUUGAAAACGCGACGACGAGAUUUAGCAGAGGCUUUAAUAAAUAGGGGUGUCAAUCUUGACCCAAUAGGAAAAUGGACCAAGAUUGGUUUGGUAGUGUAUUCCUCACAGGUACCCAUGGGUGCAACACCAGAAUAUUUAGCUGGACAUUAUAUUAUACAAGGUGCUGCUAGCUUUUUACCUGUUAUGGCACUGGACCCAAAAGAAAAUGAAAGAAUUCUUGACAUGUGUGCCGCACCAGGUGGUAAAACUUCACACAUUGCCGCACUCAUGAAGAAUACCGGAACGUUAUUCGCUAACGACGUAAAUAAAGAUCGAUUAAAGGCCGUUGUUGGCAAUCUUCACAGAGUUGGUGUUGUAAAUUCUAUAAUCUGCAAUUAUGAUGGAAGACGAUUCCCUAUGAUUAUAAAAGGCUUCGAUAGAGUUUUGUUGGAUGCUCCAUGCACAGGCACAGGAGUAAUUGCAAAGGAUCUCAGUGUGAAGACGAAUAAAGAAGAAGUAGAUAUUCAACGUUGUUGCACAUUACAAAGAGAGUUGUUACUAGCUGCAAUAGACUGCGUUAAUGCUCGUUCAGAAACUGGAGGCAUUGUUGUGUACUCGACUUGCUCGAUUCUACCGGAAGAGAACGAAUGGAUUGUUGAUUAUGCUCUUAAGAAGCGUAACGUUAAGUUAUUGCCCACUGGUCUAGAAUUUGGAACUGAUGGUUUUACGAGUUACAGACAACAUCGAUUUCAUCCUUCUCUGAAAUUAACUAAAAGGUAUUACCCACAUGUGCAUAACAUGUAUGGUUUCUUCGUAGCAAAACUAAAAAAAUUCUCGAAUAUUAUUCCUAAUCAAAACAUUACAAAAGAAGAAACAUCCGAUUAACAUUUCAAUUGAUUUAUACAACUUGUUUAUAAUCAGAAUAUAAUAUGAUUAUUAUUACACGAUAGAUUAUGACAUUAGUUUACUAUAUUUAUGUACCGUCUGCACAAUACCAUUUUACAGACAAAAAUUCCAUUUUUCGUAGUAGAGAAUAAUACAAAAAGAUAUACGUAAAUAUAUAUAUAUAUAUAUAUAUAUA